UAGUGCGGAGGAACACGCGUGGAUUCAGUAGCUGAGAGCAGACGUACCCUUCAUAUCAGCGGGGAGACAGACUUUAUUUUCGGCAGUGAAAACAGGAAACUACCAUGAUGGCAGUCCUGGGCAACGCCGGUCGCUUGAUCCAAUUUGCCAGGAGCAACAUCAGUCUGAGUUUGAGGAGACAAUCCACCGCUGCUGCUUUAGCCCAAUCUAUGACUCCAGACACACAGGAGAACAGGAAACCUAAGACGGGCAUCCUGAUGCUGAACAUGGGAGGACCCGAGAAACUAGAAGACGUUCACGACUUCCUGCUGCGGCUCUUCAUGGACACAGACCUGAUGAAACUCCCUGUACAGAAUAAGCUCGGUCCCUUCAUCGCGAAGCGCCGCACGCCGAAGAUCCAGGAGCAGUACAGCAAGAUCGGCGGAGGCUCGCCCAUCAAACACUGGACCUCCAUGCAGGGAGAGGGCAUGGUGAAGCUGCUGGAUGAGAUGAGCCCCGAGACAGCCCCUCACAAGUUCUACAUCGGUUUCCGGUACGUCAACCCGCUGACGGAGGACGCCAUCGAGGAGAUGGAGAAAGACGGGGUGGAGAGAGCCGUGGCCUUCACACAGUAUCCUCAGUACAGCUGCUCCACCACAGGAAGCAGUCUGAAUGCCAUCUACCGUUACUAUACCAACAGAGGCUCAAGGCCGAAAAUGCGCUGGAGUGUCAUCGACCGUUGGCCCACACACCCUCUGCUGGUGGAGUGUUUUGCAGAACACAUCAAUAACGAGCUGCUGAAGUUCCCAGAAGAGAAAAGAGACGACGUCGUCAUUCUGUUCUCAGCGCACUCGCUCCCUAUGGCUGUUGUAAACAGAGGCGACCCAUAUCCUCAGGAAGUGGGAGCCACAGUUCAAAGAGUCAUGGAGAGACUGGGACACUGUAACCCUUACAGACUGGUGUGGCAGUCCAGGGUGGGGCCCAUGGCGUGGCUCGGCCCCCAGACGGACGACGUGAUCAAAGGUCUGUGCGAACGGGGGAAGAAGAACCUCCUGCUGGUGCCGAUCGCCUUCACCUCGGACCACAUAGAGACUUUACACGAGCUGGACAUCGAGUAUGGACAAGUGCUGGGGGAGGAGUGUGGAGUGGAGAACAUCAGGAGAGCAGAGUCAUUGAAUGGAAACCCUAUUUUCAUGAAGGCACUGGCAGACCUGGUCCAGUCCCACCUGAAGACCAACAAGCCCUGUUCCCGACAGCUGACCUUGCGCUGCCCGCUGUGCACCAACCCCACCUGUGGAGAGACCAAGGCCUUCUUCGCCGGCCAGAAUCUCUCAUAGAAACAUGCCACACACACACACACACGCACACACUGAUACCCUUCCUGCUGUGAAGAAACAUAAUGGCCUCCUCCUAUAAACAGAAGCAUCACGCACACACACAUAAACACACACUGUCUGUCCAGCAAGAGUGUCAGUUGCAUACAAAACGGUAUUUGGAAUCCAUUCUGUGGGGUGAAAAAUGUAUUAGGUGAGAGAACUGACACUCUGCAGAAACCGCUAACGUUGCAUCAAAGCUACAGAAAAAAGCCUUGCACUCGUUUUUUUUGGUGUUUUUAAAAAAAAUUGUAGUUCCCUUGCUUACAUUCCAUUCCAUUUGCUCGGCCCCUGCAAACCUCAAUCGGAGACCCUGUUUCUCUUCUCGCUGGUGCUAAGUCAGCCUUCACGAUGACACCACACAGAUGGGUUCUGAUUGGUUAGCUGUUUCUCUCCCCUGCCUUAAAACCUGUCGCUUCACGCCCACCUGUCACUGACCCCCCCGCCCUUCCUGCUGAAAUCCCUGCAACUUCAUUGGAGGAGGUGGGUGCUGCUUAAAAUGCUGUUGCCUGACGACCGUUUUAAUAUCCAGGUGGAUGCCACUUAGCUUAAGAGAUGGAGAAAGGUGAAUUUGUAUGAAUUUCACCUACUUUAGGAAUUCGGCAGAUUUAUUUUAAAGCUUAAACCUCCCUUUAAGUUUUUAAAAAAUGAGGUGGAUUAAGGAUCUCUCAGGGCAUCAUGUAACAAGGUUGGGGGACGUGUGAGAUGGUUUAAAGAAAGGAAGAAAUAUGUCGUUACAAUACAUUAACAUGUUUACUUAUAUUCUUCAGGAUUAUGGACAGUUGUGAGCCUCUCGGCCUCUGCUGAUAACAAAAAAAAUGAAAAUUGAACUGUUCGCCUCUUAAUAUGUGCAGGCUCUGGGGGAGCUUUUGCUUCUCUUUAAGCCACAGACCAGUUCUUCAUUUUGAGAGUGACUCAGUAUAUCAAUAAACAGCCAAUGAAAAGGCGAGAAGGUAAAUUAGCCACCGAGUUAAAACCAACUCGGUUAUGUUUUUGCAGUUUUUGAUACCUCAAGUACAGCUGAACAAAGAUGUUAUAUCAGAAUGUGAAACAAUGAAAAGGGUUGACAUAAUUAAAGGCACCGGUUCCUACAGUGCAGAAAUGUGUCGCUGUAUUGUAGCGUCAGAAGAGGGAAGUCAUUUGUAUGAAAAUUCUAUCCAUCAGGCCAUUGAUGGGUGGGGAAAACACACAAGAACACAUGCUAAAGAAUUCCCAACACUGAGUCCUUGUUUUCAGGUUGUGUGUGGAUUUCACAACCUAUGGUCUGUAUUUCCUCUUUGAAUCCUCUCACUAAUCAUUGAAGUUAAUUAUGUGCAGGUUCUACUUUCAUCACCAGGUCUGAUCUGUUACUUUAAUUCAUCCAUAUCAAAAUUCAUGUUUGAUUUUAUAAGGUAUUUACCACUUAGCACAGGCUUUGUCUGUUAUAUUACCGUGAGCACACCGUUUCAAAUUAAGGUGAUAAGACAACAUGUUUUUAGAUUUAAAUGAGAUAAUAUUGCACCCUCCUUAUAGGUGUAAUACGAGAAGAUGAAGUCACUUGUGAAGCACUGUAGGAGAAGCAGAUGUUUUCUUUUUUUUUUUUUUAAAUACAGCAUAUAGAAGUAGCACAGAUUUGUCUAAAUUGACAUACGUCAAGUGUUAAGUUUCGUUUAAAGGUCGAUCGACUUUGUCAGUUUAAACCUCAUUGCACUUUAUUUGUGACCCCUUCCCAUAAUCACCUCGCUCCAUGAUUAAGUAAAAAUUAAAUGUUGAAAAACCUCAUGUCAUUAGGUAGGUUGAAUAUGAUUGGCUGCAGUUCUGUUAAGUGUCCUAAAGGUUGUGAGUUUGAUCCCACCUGGUGGACUGUUAGCUAGGGACGAGAAUCUCCACUAAUGUGCAAAACAACACCUCACUCUUUGUACGGAAGGUAACUCGACCUUUCAUCGCUAACCCUGUUCCCCCUCUGCUCUUUUUGUCCUGUAAUGCCAUGAUAAGGUGCCUUUUACUAUGGCUUACUAGCAAGACUGGACUUGUGCUUUAUAUAAGAAAAAAAUGUAUGUGUUAACCAAAAUGCUGACUGAAAAAAAUCUGCCCUGAAAUCUGAAUGAACAUGUUCCUGCUGUGAUCUAGGCCAUCGGCAGCUCUGUCGCCAUGCUGAAAUCCUGGAAAAGAGAUAACGAUUGAGGCGUUUGAACUCUGAACUGUACAAUUUAGUGUUCUAACCCGCUAACAGCUAGCUAACUCUAGCUAACAAGGCACAGGGCAAGCGAAUGAGUUAAGUAGCGCUCGCCAGUGUCUCAACAGGC